UCUUAUGUCUUAGUUGUUUUUAGGUUUGCUCCAAGAGGGAACUGUACCUUUUAGGUGCGACAGAAAUCUAUCAUCAUCAUUCAUUCAUUCAUUGAGUGGACGGUUUUCGAAUAACUCGGAUAAUUUGCUGACUAGACCCAAUUGCGUGCUGAAUGUGCAAUCUCUAAGGCUAUUUAUUACUUGUACUGCGCACCUAGACGUGUACAGUUGCUCUUUAGUCACCGUUUAGUUUGCUUUCGUGAGUUAUCAUGCUCUGUGUUCAGCACAAUCGAACCCUUCGCUCUCAAUUCGAAUUCAUCAUCAACAAACAGAGAGGCAAGACAAUACCUGUCGGUCUAGCGAGACGGCUAGGCAAGGCGGUCUGUGUAUGUCAUGCUCGUGUCCCUGGAGACAGCGAAUUUAGAUCGGAACUCAAAGCUGUCAAGAUUUGGCUGACGCCUAGUCUUCACCGCCGGCGCCAUUCAAAUCACUAUGCCUAUGCAUAUGAUGAUGACGUCAAGCAUGUACUAAAGAGUGCUUGUGAUGAGGCUGGAGAUUGGAAGAAAAACGUGAAAGACGUAUUUGGAAAGCUAAGAAUGCUGUCUGUUUUAAUGAAAGUAGAGAGGGCUGAUUUUUCAUGUAUACCAAAUUUGUCAUCAGAGAGGCAACAAAAACAGCUAAAAUUUGAAGAAAAGUUAAAGCUUGACUUGAAACCUCAGGAAGUUGGUUUGUUGAUUGGUAGAAAGGGAAGACAUGUCAAGCCUCUGUGCAAGAAGUUUGGGGCCGACAUUGCAAUAUUGACUCCUCGAAUGUCCUUCAGAGCAAUUACGAGACCCUGGUGGCUACUCAAUGAGGACAGUGAUGUUGUAGGUGUGGAGGUGGCUGACAGUGAUGUUGUAGAUGUGAAGGUGGCUGCUCCUAAUGUUGACUCUUUGAAACAAGUAAUGAAUGAUCUAGAGAUCAGGGCAGAGAAGGUGCGGGCGGCUAGAGUCAAGAAUGAUUUGGCUCCGAAAGGACGAUUAAAAAAAUUGAGUUUACUAGCAGAUAAACCAGAGGAAGUAAAAGAAAAAGGACGUGCCGACUUUAUAAAGAAAAGACUCAAGACGCCAUCGAUCAGAGUCAAAGCUGCUCCUGUUCUUGAGAAUGGGUAUUGUGUGCAUUGCAUGUCUCCGUUCUCUAGGGGAGGAAAUGAGCAGGGCUGUUGCCAGUUUCACAAAGGAUUUGAAUGCGGUGGGUUUUGGUCGUGUUGCAAUGAGAGAUGCGAUGGUUUGGUUACACACGAAAUGCAUGCAACAACAGGUUGUACAUUGGGUAGACAUGUGUGGCAAUCGGGAGUGGCAAGUAAAUGCAAGCACAACAGCUCUAGGAAGGGACGAAAAGAAAAGUUCAUCAGAAAACGCAAAAAGAAAAGUUGAUCAGAAAACGUCUUUGACUUUAUUAAUUAAUUAAUGUAGUUAGACAGAUGUUGAGUGUGUGUGUGUGUGUGUGUGUGUACGAAAAUGUCAGGUUUGCAACAUAUUGAAUGUUAUAGUUAAUCUGUAUAUUUAGUAUAUUGAUGCUACCAUGGUAGUUUGCUGUACUUUGUGAUUUCAAAUGAAUAUGGGUAUAGACUCAUUUUAUACUGAUGA